UAACGCAUGCGCACUGUUAUGUAAAUAACUAGUUGUUUGAAGCACCUGGUCAGCUCGGGUUUAUUCAUAAUUAACCCACGAACUAUUGAUGAUUUAGAGUAAAUCUGUUUGGAAACACGGGUAAUAGGUGAUUGUUUAGGGGAGAUAAUAAUUGUCACGGCUGCGACAAACUCGAAUAAACUUCAUGUUCACAACUUCACUCAGCUAGCUAGCUUUCAGGCGAAGGGCGCUAGCCGGCCAGGCAGCAGCAGGAUGCAGGGUAAACCAGCUGGAUGAUUUCACUGCAGAAGCGUCCGGUGUGGUGGAUAUUCAACAGUUCCAACGUUUUAACAAUAGGCGAGAGGUUAAACCUGUGUGUGGCGGUGUAUAAGGGUUCUUGUAUUGUUAGAUCACUUUGAAUUGCCGUUAGCUAACUAUGCUAACAAUUAGCCAGGGUCAUUUUUAGUGGUUUCAUCACAAGGCGCCGACUGUAGCUGAUCACCAGGUCGUGUUUAUCGGUGUAUUAUAAUCAGAUCCAGUGCCUAGAAAAGACGAUAUUCAGUAACCAUAAAGGGAUUCGCCAUGUUAUCUGAAAACAGGAAACGGCAGCGCACUCAAGGCGAUGAUGAUGAUGCACUUCUGAUGCCUCAGUCCAAAAGAUCAAGUUCAACACUCCAGUGUUCUGAUGGAAGCAGAGAAGCCUGGGAGUCUGAGUCCUCUAGCAGUGACAGCAGUGGGGUCAGUAGUCCAGAGCACGCAGCUGGGACCAGCAGUAGCGCGAGCAGUCAGUACGGAGCUGAAAACCUCAGGUCUUGCAGUCCACAUAGUUCUUUAGAGCAAUCUGACGCCACAAGCCUGGCCUCGUACGAACACAUCAACCGUGUCCUGCGGGAGGCUCACUUCCAGAGCCUACACAACAAAGGUCAAUCCCGAGACAGGUGACUUUGAGAGACUUCCCCCAUCUCUGACAGCGACCCCCUUCACUCUACCUGGGCACCUGGCUGCAUUCUCCAGGAGACGGGGUAGAGAUCAUCAUCCAGUUUCUUCUGACUUUUACAUGCUAGAGCUCUCAUUUGUGAUUAGUCAUAUUUUUUGUUUUAUUUUAUUUUUUAAUUGAAAGUGUGGCCUGAAACUGUCAAAACGAUAAACUUAAUAAAGCACAAAAGGAUUCACAUUGAAGCAAUAAUAGCUUGGUGACGAUGCAACCUUUUGUGCCAUACGCACUGUGUAAUCUUCUUCUAAACACACCAGUUUACAUGCAAAUAAGAGCUUCAUUGCAGGUGGAACUGCGUCUGGUGCAUAUUAUGGUCUCAUUGCUGGUUCACUUGUGCACUUGAUAUGGGGGGGGUGGGGGGGGGGGUGUUCGGGGGGAUAUGGGAUAAUCGCAUAUACAACACAGCAACAAUCUAGAAUCCUUUUUGUUUAUUUAUUGAACUCGAUUGCUAAGUUGCCAUUUAUUGUAUGUUGAUGUGGGGAAUAUACCUAUAGUUGUAAUAACAAGCCCCUGGAACAGCCUUUCACUUUCAUCAACUCACUGAUAUGAUAUGAUAUUAUGUUUCCUUUACCCCCCCAUCUAUUGUGCACUCUUUCCAGUGGUCUUAUGGGUCCUCUGGGAGGUUAAUUGUUAAUUGAAAUUAAAACAGUACUUGUUUGUUUUUUACUUUAUAUUUUAUGGAAACAUUGGAUGAUAUUUUACAUUCAUGUCACCAACAUUUUAAAAAUAAAGAUGGCUGUUCCUAAAUAUGAGUGCAACUUUAUUAAAAAUUAAAAUGGUGAAACUGC